AUGAACGUCAAGGCCUCGCCGUCACAGUCGGCUGGGGAUGCUGAGGCCGGCUCGAGCCCCGCUGGCUCGCCGGCUGCAAGAGCAGCCAACUCAUCGUUCUCUUUUCUCAACGAAUCGGUCGAUGAGGUUGGAGCGGGCAGGACUACGCCGCGGACGGAUGGUCUGCCGCAGGACGCAAACUCAUCAUUCUCCUUCAUCGGGAAGGAGAGCCAUGCGGCUUCACCGAGGCACGAGAUGGACAGGCACGAGUCAGUGACGCCCGAAAGGACCCGUCCCACCCCUGUCGCCGGAGAUGAAGCUUCUGCACAGGGCUCGGCUGUUCGCAAGACUCGCACGUCCGCAUCCAAGCGCGGCCGCGAGAGCAGCAAGGCCGAUGCACCCUGGCUUCCCGAUCACCUGCGUGGCAAGCCCCGCGCCGAGUACACCCGCGAGGAGAAGAAGCUGGUGACCAAGCUCAAACGCGAGUAUGCUCGAUCACGCAAGGAGAGACUUGCGUCUCGUGAACCAGAGCCAGUUCCGGAGACAGAGCCCAAGCCCGAGACCGAGGCCGAGGCCGAACCGGCAGAGCCAAAGCCCGAGCCUGUCCCCGAGCCUGUCCCCGAGCCUAUCCCCGAGCCUGAGCUCGAGUCCAAGGCCGAAGCAGAAGUCGCGCCUGCCUCUCCGUCAGAGCCAGGUCCAGAUGUGGCUGCCGAGCCUGACAGCAAGCCCAGUCCUGAUGGCACAAGCCCAGAGCCUGAGCAAGUUGUUGAGUCCGGCGCUGGGCCUGUAGCUUUGGGUAGCGAGCUCCAAGAGCUCAGCUGUCCGCACAGUGACGAGUCGCCGCUCGACAAGUUUGUGGCGAGCAUCGAGGUGCUGUCUCUCGAGAUGAAGGAGCUAAUGGCGGGCAAGGCAGCAGCCGAGACCGACCGUCUGGCGGUGUACGAGACGCUGCUCGAGUUGGCACAACGGCUUGCGACGACCGAGGAGGAGCAGGCUCGGGCAAUUACCGCCGAAGCGUAUGAGGACGCCGAUGCCCUGUCGAUCAAAAUGGGUGAGAUCCAGAUCGAGAUGGAGCAGGUCCAGGCCCGCGGGCGCGGCUUUGUGGCCACGUCGCAGCAGCUGUUGGCGACGCUGCAGACGAUCGAAGCGCGGGCACUCAGGGUCCAGGCCGAGGCGCGCGACGCCUUGGUCCAGCACACUACCCAGCAGCGUGUGGCCAUGGACGAGGUCCUGCGCGAGUCGCGCGAGGCCAUUGCGGAUGAGGAGGAGAGGCUAGAGAAGAUGCAGAUCCAGGUGGCGCGGAGCCGGUCGCAUCUCGAGCUCGACCGCGAGCACGUCAGUUCAGAGCGCGAGGCGCUCAAAGCCAAGAUCAAGGCCAAGACCCAGGCGUCCGAGGAGCGGGUUGUGCAACUCCAGAGUCAGCUAGCUGUGGCCAACGACGAGGUUGCCGAACUAGCGGCGCUGCUGGCGGCCAAGCGCGAGGCUGCCGCAGCGCUAGCGCAGUCAGUGACUGAGGCCCAAGACCGGCUGGCCGACAUUGUCGCCCGAUUUGACAAGGAGUCAGUCGAGGUCCAAGCCAAGGAGGAUGCGCUGGCAAGCGAAGCCGAGAGCCUGGAUGCCGAGGAGCAGGCUGUUGCCUCGGCGGCGGCCAAGCUUGAUGAGCAGCGGCAAGCGCUGUCGGCGCGCGAGGCCGAGUUUGAGGCUGCGCUGGGUGGGACCGAAGCUGCCCUGGUUGACCUCGAGCUGGUGACCCGGAUGGCGGGGACGGAGGCCCGGGCAGUUGAGGCUGCCGCCGCCAUCCUCGCCUCGUACGCCACGUGGGAGAGCGAGGAGGAGGCCGCGGUGGAGGCGUCGGCUGGAAACCGCGCAUUUGUUCAGGCGCGCGUCUCAGAGCUUGCCGCCGGCGUGGCCGCGAGCCAGGCCCGAGUCUCGCGGCUCCGCGAAGACAUUCUGGUCAAGGAGGUGGCGCUGCCAGGGCUAGUGGCUGACAAGGAGCUCGCUGUCUCGUCGCGGCAGUUUAAGGAUGCAGCGCGGCUGGCGGCGGCGAUCAAGGACACCGAGGCUGCUGUGGCGUCGCACCAGACCGAGUUGGAGACGCUGCAAGCCACGCUCGACACCGACCAGUCCGAGCUCAACGAACUCAAGCGUGAGCUGGCGACAGCCAACAUGGCGGUCGACGCCGCACGCGCAGAGUCGGAUGCACGCAAGCUGGCACGGCUCCACCAGCUCGCCACCGAGCUGAUUGACGGUCUCGGCGGCACACCAUCAGUGGUGCCGCUGGUCCGCUCGGUCGCCAUCCACGCCAAGGCGCUCACCACUCAGCGUCCCGAGCUUACUGCUGCUGCACCCGACUUUGAUGCAGCGGUAACUGCUGCGCUGGCCGCCGCCAACACUGGCACCACCGCCGAUGCCGAUGCCGAUGCCGGCGCAGAGGCGGAGGCAGAGGCUGCGACUGAUGUGGAGGCGGAGGAGAACGAGGCCGAGACAGGCGAGAUGGAGGCGGAUGUUGUGGCGGACGAUGGUGCCGAGGACAGGUGUGAUGGAGGUGACACGGUUGACGCCGACCAAUCUGACGCCGCUGAGCUGGAGCCCGACCAACCGGACGCCGAAGAGCCGGAUCCGCAGAUGGAGGGCUGGCGUGCCGAACGUGACGCCGCAACCGAGAAGCUCGUCGAGCUUGAAGCCGAGCUGGAGGAGCUCGUUGCGCUUGAAGCCUUUGAAAAGUGCGAUGUCAAGCAGGGCGAGAUCGAUGCAGUCUCUGCUGACAUUGCGCGACUCGACGAGCUCCUUCAGGAAUGAACGCUACGGGUCACA